UUGUAUUUUUUUUCUAUUCGCUGGCAGAGCCACGAACGCUCCCUCAACGUAUCAACAAAUUAACAUAUAAUAAAUAUUUGGAUUGCGAGGUUAGUCAAAGUGCAAAACUGUAACCAUUAAAAAAUUCAAUUGAUCAUGUCAUUUUGGCAAUACGCACUGGAGAUUCUGGUGACUUUGGCUCACAUCGUGAGCGAUCGCCUGCUGGAGUUCAUAUUUGGCUGGUAUUUGGGACCACACAAAAGAGUUGCGACACCACAGAGUGUGGAUCAACAGGUUAUAUUGACCAAAAGUGCGGUUGAGUUGGCACAACAAAUACGCGAACGCAAGAUAAAGUGUUAUGACAUAAUUAAGGCGUUUGUUGAACGGAUUGAGAUAGCAAAUCGAGAGUUAAAUGCUGUCGUGGAUGGCCCAUUCAGUGAAGCCUUGGAACAGGCAAAAGUUAUUGAUGACAAGCUGGCCAAAGGAGAGUACAGUGAGGCGGACUUAAAAGCGAAACCCUUCUUGGGAGUGCCCUUCACAACGAAGGAUAGCACCGCUGUGGCAGGAAAACUUCACACUUUGGGUCUAAUCUCCAGAAAAUCAGAACGUUCUGCUGAAGAUGCUCAAUGUGUGCGUUUGAUGAAAAGAAGUGGAGCCAUUAUCAUAGCCACAAGCAACAUUCCAGAGGUGAACAAAUGGCUGGAAACUAGGAAUAUGCUACUGGGCAAGACAAACAAUCCCUAUGAUCUACGCCGUUCAGUGGGUGGAUCAUCCGGCGGUGAGUCGGCUCUAAUUACUGCCUGUUGUACUGGUUUUGGACUUGGCACUGAUAUCGGUGGCUCCAUACGUAUACCGGCUUUUAAUUGUGGUGUCUUUGGCCAUAAGCCAACGACGGGAAUCGUUGAUAUUGCUGGCUGUACCUUCCGUACCGGUAAGGAGAAGGAGACUAUGGUCAGCGCUGGACCCAUGUCUCGAUCAUCCAAAGAUUUGCUACCCAUUAUGCAAAUUCUAGUCGAACCUAGCCAUCGCGCGGCUCUUAAGCUCGACGAACAGGUGAAUUUGAAGAAACUGCGUUACUUCUACAUCGAUUCCAAUGGCAUGCGUCAGUGUAAUCCCAUCAAUAAUGAAACCCAACGUGUUAUGUACAAAGUUCGCCAACAUUUCGCCACCUUGUCAGGCGGUGACGUGAGACAAACUCAAUUGCCUCAUCUUAAAUUGACUGGUAAAAUGUGGCGCUAUUGGAUGACUCAGGAGCCAGCAAAUUUCAAUCUCUUGCUGGGCAAUGGUGUGCAGUUAAAUCCAUAUGUGGAACUCUUUAAGAAACUUAUUGGACAAAGUGAAUAUACUCUGGCUGCCAUAUACUCAAUUAUCGAUGGUAUUCUACCAAAGGAAAACGAAUCGUUGAUGCGUAAAGCUACCAAGGAAUGUCAGAAAGCUCUAGAUGAUCUGCUGGGCAAUGAUGGCGUUCUAUUCUUCCACAGUUCACCGAGAACAGCACCAUUCCAUUAUUAUCCUUUACUUAAAUUUAAUGAUUUUGCGUAUUUUAGUCUGUUUAAUGUCCUUCAUGUGCCCGUUACCCAAGUACCCAUGGGUCUGGAUUCAAAGGGAAUGCCUCUAGGUAUCCAAGUGGUGGCCACUCGAAACAAUGAUCGUCUGUGUCUGGCUGUUGCAGAGGAAUUGGAGCGUACUUUUGGUGGCUGGGUGCCGCCGUUUCCCCUGAAACAUUAAAAAGAAUAUGCGAUUGAUUUGAUUUUGUUAUUUUGUAAAGGUGUUGGUAAUAUUUAAGACUGUUAAGUAUUCAAAAUACUCAUUACUUAAAUACAAGUUUAUUAAAUGAA